AUGGGUGACGUCGCCGUGGAGAAUCCGGCCAACAACGUCACGCCUCUCCCCAAGCCAGGCGCCCUUGAUGCCCUCGCCAACUUGGUUUCCUUGGAGGGUACCGGUGCAGACGGAAAUGACGAAUAUGCCACACUCAAGCGGCUACAGAGACACUUGGAAUACAUUCAGCUGCAGGAAGAAUACAUUAAGGAUGAGCAAAGGAGCUUGAAGCGCGAACUUGUCCGGGCACAAGAAGAAAUCAAACGGAUACAGAGCGUGCCCUUGGUGAUUGGACAAUUUAUGGAGGCUAUUGACCAAAACACCGGCAUCGUGCAAAGCUCCACUGGCUCCAACUACGUUGUUCGCAUCCUCUCCACCCUCGACCGCGAGAAGUUGAAACCCUCGUCAUCGGUCGCGCUCCACCGUCACUCCAAUGCCCUCGUUGAUAUUCUUCCUCCCGAGGCAGACUCUUCAAUUGCCAUGCUCGGGGAGAAUGAAAAGCCAGAUGUGACCUAUGCGGAUGUGGGUGGUUUGGACAUGCAGAAGCAGGAGAUUCGGGAGGCGGUUGAAUUGCCCUUGACACAUUUCGACCUCUACCGCCAGAUCGGUAUCGAUCCGCCCCGUGGUGUGCUGUUGUACGGGCCUCCUGGUACCGGCAAGACCAUGUUGGUCAAGGCUGUGGCCAACAGCACCACCGCUAGCUUCAUUCGUGUGAAUGGCUCCGAGUUCGUGCAAAAGUAUCUGGGAGAAGGUCCGCGUAUGGUCCGCGACGUGUUCCGCAUGGCGCGAGAGAACUCACCUGCUAUUAUUUUCAUUGACGAGAUUGACGCCAUUGCCACCAAGCGUUUCGAUGCUCAGACUGGUGCCGAUCGUGAGGUGCAGCGUAUUCUCUUGGAGCUGCUGAACCAAAUGGAUGGAUUCGAGCAGACUAGCAACGUCAAGGUGAUCAUGGCCACCAACCGCGCUGACACCCUGGACCCGGCUCUUCUGCGUCCCGGCCGUCUGGAUCGCAAGAUCGAGUUCCCGUCUCUGCGCGAUCGUCGCGAACGUCGUCUGAUCUUUUCGACCAUUGCUUCAAAAAUGUCUCUUUCUCCCGAGGUCGAUCUGGACUCGCUGAUUGUUCGUAAUGAGCCGCUGUCGGGUGCUGUCAUCGCCGCCAUCAUGCAAGAGGCUGGACUUCGAGCGGUGCGUAAGAACCGAUACAAUAUCAUCCAGAGCGAUCUAGAGGAUGCGUAUGCGGCCCAGGUGAAGAGUGGCCAUGAGGAUGACCGUCUCGAUUUCUACCGUUAA